AUGACGAUAUUGACUAUUCAUCUGUGCAUAGUCAACCUGAACGUCACAGAUGCAUGCCUGGCCAUAUCGCUUAUCUGGGUUAUCUCAAAGGCUCUCAAGUUCAAUAGCAAUCUUAAGCCAUUUUCUCUCCCGGGAUUAUUCCUUCCAUCCUCUAAGAAAUGGAACCCGGGGUUUCUGUUUUUCUGGGACUGGAAGAACUUCUUCGUACCCUUUCUGCAUGGCGCUCCAGCAAUCUAUACCAAUAGUAUGGAAGUAGCCAAGCAGGUAAUCUCAGAAGAAAGCCAGACCGCACCAUUCAGUAAACCGGCGUCGAUUAGUUUAGGACUAACAUUCUGGGGCCCAAAUAUUAUAUCCGCUGAACAAGGUGCAUGGAGAAAAUACAGACGUGUAGUGGGUCCCGCCUUCAAUAAUGAAACCUACGCUCUUGUGUGGUCAGAGUCUCUUCGGUCAUAUCACGAUAUGAUGGCGGCGGAAGGCUGGGACAAAAAACAAGUGGUUGAAAUUUAUUCUAUGCAGCGUAUCACAUCCAAAUUUGCUCUCCUGAUCAUUAGCUCAUGUGGUUUUGGCCUUCCCUUUACAUGGGAGUCUCCACCAAUCGAAUCAGAGUCAUCGGUGACUAUACAAGACGCUAUCUACACGACUGCGAGAUCAUUGGCGUUCGUAAGGGCACCAGGUUGGGCUUGGUACCUCCCUGUUCCUUGGAUACAACACACACGCAAGGCAUUCGAUACCAUGCGUACAUUUAUGCAGAAUCAUGCACAAUCUCGUAGGGAGGAUAUCCGUAGUAGAAAGAAAGAGCACGACGACUGGAGGAAGGAUGUAUUCAAUCUGCUAGCACAGGCGAACGAUGAUGAAGGGAAAUUGUCUUUAAAUGAUCAUGAGUUGAUUGGAAACGUGUUUGUACUUCUGUCCGCUGGACAUGAAACAACUGCCUACACUCUUGCUGCUACGCUUGCGUUACUGGCACUGAAUCCAACCAUUCAAAGUGAAGUCGUGGAACAUAUUCAGGAGAUAGUUGGGGAAAGGGAGCCGACCUUUCAGGAUUAUGCGAAGUUGGAUAAGGUAUUAGGUGCAUUUUAUGAGGGCCUGCGAAUGUUCCCCGCCGGUGCCUUGGUCAUCCGUGAAGCGAGACAAGAUACCACGCUCGUCUAUCCUAGGAUUAAUUCGAGCGGAAACGAGGAGAGCAUAUUUUUGCCUGUAGCCAAGGGUACACACAUCUUAGUGGAUAUGGUUGGCGUCCAACGCAAUCCGCGCUAUUUCUUGGACCCAGAUGUGUAUCGCCCAUCUCGAUGGUAUGCGAAGAAUAAGAAUAGAUCAGCACCCGAGGAUGGUGGCAAACCAAUAACGAGACCUACUUUACAUGAUUCAGAGGAGUUCACGGCUUUCAGCGUUGGUCCUCGAGCAUGUAUUGGCCGCAAGUUCGCCACAACAGAGGCCGUGUGCCUCCUGACGCUGCUUUUACGUGACUGGCAAGUGGAACCACUGCUUAGAACGGACGAGACGAUUGAGGAAUGGCGCGAACGUGUGAUGCAAGUUACCAUGACUCAGACGGCGAUGGGCAUCAAAGAUGUUCCAUUAAGGUUUAUAAAGAGAUGAACCAUGGCUGGUGGGCUUGAGUAUCUGGGAACCUAUUUCUUGGAGUUGCCGUGAAAACAAAUUAUGUAAAUAGUGCUACCUAUUUUGACAUUUUUGUCUU